AUGUAUGUCUUCAAAAGAGAUGGUCGUAAAGAACCAGUUCGUUUCGAUAAAAUCACCGCCAGAGUUCAAAGAUUAUGUUAUGGUUUAGAUCCAAAUCAUGUUGAUGCUGUUUCCAUCACUCAAAGAGUUAUUUCAGGGGUCUAUCAUGGUGUAACUACUAUCGAAUUAGAUAACUUGGCUGCUGAAACCGCCGCUUAUAUGACCACUAUUCAUCCUGAUUAUGCUAUCUUGGCUGCUAGAAUUGCCGUUUCAAAUUUACAUAAACAAACUACAAAACUUUAUUCUCAAGUUAGUAAAGAAUUAUAUGAUUAUGUUAAUCCAAAAACCGAUUUACAUUCUCCAAUGAUCUCAAGAGAAACUUAUGAUAUCAUUCAAAAACAUUCUGAUGAAUUAAAUUCCGCCAUUGUUUAUGAUAGAGAUUUCAAUUAUAAUUAUUUCGGUUUCAAAACUUUAGAAAGAUCUUAUUUAUUAAGAAUUAAUGGUAAAGUAGCAGAAAGACCUCAACAUUUAAUCAUGAGAGUCGCUAUUGGUAUUCAUGGUGAUGAUAUUGAAAGAGUCAUUGAAUCUUAUAAUUUAAUGUCUCAAAGAUUCUUUACUCAUGGUUCUCCAACUUUAUUUAAUGCUGGUACUCCAAAUCCUCAAAUGUCUUCAUGUUUCUUAGUAGCUAUGAAAGAUGAUUCUAUUGAUGGUAUCUAUGAUACUUUAAAAACUUGUGCUUUAAUCUCAAAAAGUGCUGGUGGUAUUGGUUUACAUAUUCAUAAUAUUCGUGGUACUGGGGCUUAUAUUGCUGGUACUAAUGGUACUUCCAAUGGUAUUAUUCCAAUGGUUCGUGUCUUCAAUAAUACUGCUCGUUAUGUUGAUCAAGGGGGUAAUAAAAGACCAGGGGCUUUUGCUUUAUAUAUUGAACCAUGGCAUUCAGAUAUUUUCGAUUUUAUCGAUAUUAGAAAAAAUCAUGGUAAAGAAGAAAUUAGAGCAAGAGAUUUAUUCCCGGCUUUAUGGAUUCCAGAUUUAUUCAUGAAAAGAGUUGAAGCUGCCGGUGAAUGGACUUUAUUCUCUCCAAAUGAAGCUCCUGGUUUAUCUGACGUUUAUGGUGAUGAAUUCGAACAAUUAUAUGAAAAAUAUGAAAGAGAAGGUAGAGGUAGAAAAACUAUUAAAGCUCAAAAAUUAUGGUAUGCUAUUUUAGAAGCUCAAACUGAAACUGGUACUCCAUUCAUGUUAUAUAAAGAUGCUUGUAAUGAAAAAACUAAUCAAAAGAAUUUAGGUAUUAUUAAAUCAUCUAAUUUAUGUUGUGAAAUUGUGGAAUAUUCAUCUCCUGAAGAAGUUGCUGUUUGUAACUUGGCUUCUAUUGCUUUACCAUCAUUUGUUGAAAAAGAUGAUACUUCAUUAUGGUAUAAUUUUGAAAAAUUACAUGAUGUUGCUAAAGUUGUAACUAGAAAUUUAAAUAGAAUUAUUGAUAGAAAUUUCUAUCCAGUUCCAGAAGCUAGAAAUUCAAAUAUGAGAAAUAGACCAAUUGCUUUAGGGGUUCAAGGUUUAGCUGAUACUUUUAUGGCAUUAAGAUUACCAUUUGAUUCUCAAGAAGCUAGAGAAUUAAACAUUCAAAUCUUUGAAACCAUGUAUCAUGGUGCUGUUGAAGCUUCUAUUGAAUUAGCUCAAGAAGAAGGUGCUUAUGCUUCUUAUGAAGGAUCUCCAGCUUCUAAAGGGUUAUUACAAUUUGAUUUAUGGAAGAGAAAACCAACUGAAUUAUGGGAUUGGGAUACUUUAAAACAAAAUUUAGCUAAACAUGGUAUAAGAAAUUCUUUAUUAGUUGCACCAAUGCCAACUGCUUCAACUUCUCAAAUCUUAGGUAAUAAUGAAUGUUUCGAACCAUAUACUUCCAAUAUUUAUUCUAGAAGAGUGUUGGCUGGUGAAUUCCAAAUUGUUAAUCCAUAUUUAUUACGUGAUUUAGUUGAUUUAGGUAUUUGGAAUGAUUCUAUGAAGAAUAAUAUUAUUUCUAAUAAUGGUUCUAUUCAAACAUUAGCUAAUGUUCCAGAUGCCUUAAAAGCUUUAUAUAAAACUGUUUGGGAAAUUUCUCAAAAACAUAUUAUUGAUAUGGCUGCUGAUAGAGCUGCUUAUAUUGAUCAAUCUCAAUCAUUAAAUAUUCAUAUUAAAGAUCCAACAAUGGGUAAAUUAACCUCUAUGCAUUUCUAUGGUUGGAAGAAAGGAUUAAAGACUGGUAUGUAUUAUUUAAGAACUCAAGCUGCUGCUGCUGCUAUUCAAUUCACUGUUGAUAAAGAAUCUGCUUCUAUUGCUGGUGAUACUAUUGCUGCUUUAGGUAAAUUGAAUAAGAGAAAAUAUCUUGCCAGAGGUGGUAGUUCUUCCAUUACUGCUGUAAGUGAUAGUGAUUCAGUUGCUACUAGAUCUCCAUCCACUGAACCAAGUUCAGUUGAAAAUUCGAUUGCUGAAUUAAAAAUCUCUGAUGAUAAACCAUCACCAGUUCCAGUUGCAGCUGUUGAACCAGUUGUUGAACAACCAGAAGAAGAGUCCACUGAAGCUACUGAAUUAACUCCAGAAGAAGAACAAGAUAUCUUCAGUUCCAAAGUGAUUGCUUGUGCCAUUAACAAUCCAGAAUCAUGUACCAUGUGUUCUGGUUAA